AUGAACCCAACACAAUUGGUUUUAAUCAGUUUAACUCUUCUGAUUUGUAUUACACUAGCUGAAAAUUUAAUUUGUCCACCUGGAUGUACAACAAAUUGCAAUGCAAAUUACACAUGUCUUGGAACUUGUGGUGAUGCAUAUGAUAAAGACAACAGUUGUAAUUAUUGUAAAUUCACUGAUCAAUUUGAGAACGACUUUCCAGUCUAUUUGUUAAAAGACGACUUAAGUUGUGUUAAAUUUACCAAAAAGGCGUUUUUGGAUCCACGUUCUACUUGGUUGCCUGCUGAAGAGUAUUUGGAAGAAAUUAAUUUGAAUGAGUCAAAAAAUUAUACAAUAGAAGAAAGUGGUUAUGUCGACUUUUCAAUAUGUUGCUACCCACAGAAGUUUAGACAAGGAAGAUGGUUUAAGUUUAACCUUUCACAGAUGACUAAAGAUCAUCUUGCCAUCACAAUUAAGAAGUUGGACAGCACCGAGAAUGUAGUUGAUUUUUCUGUGGAUGGAACAAAUUCACAAUAUUACAAUAUCAAUCCACAUUGUUAUGUCCACUUUAAUUUAAAUAAAACUAUUUAUGAAACGACUGGAAAGUUUCCAAUUCAACUCGAGGUUGAGGAAAAUUCAACGGGUCAACAUUAUUACUACUUUUUUGCUUCAAUCAGUGGAUUUACAAAUAAGUUGACAUUUUCUAUUGAACUCAAAGAAGAACAAGGUUUGAAGGUUCUACCUGCAUUUGAUUUGACUCAAGAAGUGUUAAAAGACCUUUCUGAGGACUUAACAAAAAAGUUGCCAGUUGUUAUUCCAUUUGAACAGUUUGGUUAUUUCGCACGUCCCGCUUGUAUACCAAACAAAUAUAUGAAGGCGUUAUUAUUUACUGUACAAUAUGAAGGGAAAGGGUAUGUAUUCAUAGAUACGAGGUCAUCAAAUCGAGUCAUUUACUUGAGUGAAGUAAAUAUGGAAUCUGAUGAAAAUAACAAUUUGGUGUCAACAGGAUGUGUAAAAGUUAGUACUGGUCAAAAACUGCUUUCAAUUGAAAAUAGAGAAGAGGACAAUGAAGUGGGGCAAGCCAAUGGAGUUCAUGUCAAACUUGAUUCAGAUGGGAAAAAGAAAUACUUGUCGUUUUUGUCAGAAGAUUACAGAGCAUCAAUUAUCAUGACUGUAUCUAUCAUUUGUCCCAAUAAUUGCAAUUUGGAAAAUGGAUUUGGUAAAUGUGAUUCAGAUGCAGGAAAGUGUGUAUGUAACAGUGGUUAUGGUGGAGAAGAUUGUCACCUUAUGUGUUAUUACAAUGGAAGAUGGCAAGUAAAUGAAGAGGCAAAUCUAUGUUAUUUUGGGUCAAAAGACUGUGACCAGUAUUGUCAAUGCACCCAAGGAAAAAGUGUACAAAACCAUGUUUGUGUCACUUCGGAAUGUCGAAAUGGUAAGCUUGGAAGUGGGGAUGAAUGUAAACAAAAAAGUGAAGGAUGUCAAACUGGAUGUACAUGUGAUACGUCCUUGAACUACACAUCAAAAUCUGGAGUUUGCGUAAGUGAUAAAUGUGGUAAUGGUAUGAUAGACAAUUACUAUGACUCCAAUGGAAAAUUCAUUAGAAAAGAAGAGUGUGAUGGAGGAGUUAACUGUAAUAUCACUUGCCAAUGUAUAGAGGGCCAUGUUCAAUCUUCAAGUGAUCCUUUGAGUUGUAUGCAAAAGACGUUAAGUGCUGGUGAAAUAACUGGAAUAGUAAUAGGAGGGGUAGUUGCAUUUGUUAUUAUCCUUUGUUUCCUUUUAAUUGUAUUUAUCUUUGUAUUUAGAUACAAGAAAAUUGAUAUCAACAUCUACAAAACACAACAACCAAUUUAUCACUUCUAUAUCACUGGAGCAACAAGAGCACUUAGUGGGAAACAGUCAAGAUAUUACAUAACCCCAACACGACUUGAUUUUGGAAAUGAUACCAAAUUGACUGCUAUUGGCGAUACCAGAUUUGAGAAAAUGGAAAUUAAAAAUUGCUCCAAAAACAAAUGGAUGAUGGUGAUUUUUCACACUCCAAACAACCCAAAGUACACAUUUUAUUUCGAUCCACAAGUUCUUUACUUAAGACCAAGAUUAUCUUCAAUGCAUACCAUGACUUGUUUUAUGACAAUUCAUUGCACAACUAGAAUCAGAGACUUGAGAAUACCAUACUCUGUCUGGUUUGCAUCUUCAAGAAGCAUUUUAGAAUCAGUUGCAUCAUUAUUGAAGAAUAAAAGUUUUGAGAAUUGGACUGAAGAUGAUAGAAAGAAGAUGGAAAGUCUUUGUAAAAAUAUAAAAAGGCGGCACUAUGAAAAUUUGGUUAUAACAACAGAUGCCAUGAAUACAGUCCAUUUGGAUAUGGACGAGUUGAAUAUGUCAGAAAAUCCAAUCGCUGAAGGAGCAAUGGGUAAAGUGUACAUUGGCAAUUACAGAAGUGUACCAGUUGCUAUCAAGCAGUUUAGAUGGGAGAGUCUUUCAGAUGAAGAGAUGAAGGAAUUGAAAAGAGAAGUUGAGUCUGAAUGUGAUAUUAUGAGUAAAUUACGAAAUCCAUUCAUUGCCAAUUACAUGGGAGCAGUUACAUAUAUUCCACAGGUUUCAAUGGUCAUUCAGUUCUUUGUUUUGGGUUCAUUAGGUGAGUAUCUAAGACAAGACAAACAAGACUAUUUGAAACUCCCAUACAAGUUGAAAGUGCGUAUGUUGUUUGAUACAGCAAAAGGAAUGCAAUUUUUACAUGAAAAUCGAAUCAUGCACUUGGAUUUAAAGCCAGACAAUUUAUUGGUCAAUUCACUCGACCCACACUCUGUGUGUUCGGUCAAGAUUACAGACUUUGGUACCUCAAGAUUUGUUAAAAAGACAAUGAAAAAGAAUGAAGACAAAGGGCUUGGGACUCCUGUAUAUGCGGCUCCAGAAACAUUUCACGACGAAUAUACAUACUCUGGCGAUGUCUAUUCCUACGGCAUUACAGCUUGGGAAAUUUUUUAUCAAGCAGAGCCUUAUAAAGAGUUCAAAUCUAUUUUUGAGAUUAAAGACCACGUCAUCAACGGAAAAAGACUUCGCCUUGAUGAAAGUAUGCCAUCUGACUAUGCGCAACUCAUACAAUCGUGUUGGAAGCAAGACGGUAAAGAAAGACCAACAUUUGACCAAGUCACCAAAUUGGUUGUAAAAGUCGAUGAUGAAGUGGCGGCACAUUCAGGACUUGACGAUGGGGUUUCUCAAGAAAAAAUUGAUGACUUCGCAAUGAAAAGAACAGAAAAGAUGCAGAAACAAAUCAACGAAUUGUACAGAGAUUAA